UGCCAUCAUAAAUGUGAUAGCCUCCUUUAAGCCAGUAACAAUACCAUUUAGUACUUGCUGCACGGGUUAUAUUUUCUUCCUUUACGGUUUAUUGUAAUUUCCUGAAACAAAGAGAAACCUCGUCUACCUCUUAGAAGCAGAGGGCUGACUUAGGGGAUUAGAGACAUUAGAAAGAAAGCAACCUUUCAGAUUCACCUUUUCUCUGACUUUCACGUUCAGGCAGCGCAAACGCAGCAGCCAAACCUGUGAGAGGUACACGGCUUCCUCCAAGUCUUGUCUGAGUUCCACAGCUCCCUGCAAACUAAUCACUCUAAUUAGUGGGUAGGAAGGAGCUUCUUUAAAUUCCUCAGAAAUUAAGACGUGUCAUCCGCUUAACAUCUUAGCAUCUGUUACUGCCUCUUGCACAUUUCUCCCCUGCAUCAGCCUGAAGGACGCUUUCCUGAAUGAUUCAGAGAAAAACAAAUUAAAAUCCUUGAAACAGUGAAGACAUUGUCACCUUCUCCAGCGGGAUGAAGCAUGUGAGGCACUUCGUCCCCUCCUUAUUUCUCCGUCUGGUGCAUGUUUGCCUGGUUCAGGCAAAUUAUGCCCCCUAUUUCUUCGAUAACGGAGCCAGGAGCACAAAUGGGAACAUGGCGCUUCUCAGCCUUUCCGAGGACACACCUGUUGGUGCCCACGUGUAUACUCUGAAUGGAACUGAUCCGGAAGGAGAUCCCGUGACGUACGGCCUGACCUACGAGGCUGGAUCCAAGCGCUAUUUUUCUGUUGAUGGGAACCUUGGAAACGUGACGCUGAUCGAGGAACUUGACAGAGAGAAAGAAGAUGAGAUUGAAGUCAUCGUCAGUAUUUCAGAUGGCAUGAGUACAGUUUCAGAGAAAGUGAGGAUCCUUGUAACAGAUGCUAAUGAUGAGAGCCCAGAGUUCAUCAAUACACCUUACAUUGUCCAAGUCCCAGAGAACUCUCCCUCUGGCACCAGUAUCUUUAAGAUCGAGGCAGUGGACAGAGACACUGGUUCUGGAGGAAGCAUCACCUACUUCUUGCAGAACAUCCACGCUAAUAAGUUUACAAUAGACCGUCACAGCGGUGUCCUGCGCAUCAAAUCAGGGGUCACCCUGGACUACGAGAAGUCAAGGACGCAUUUUGUCGUUGUGGUAGCCAAGGAUGGCGGUGGGAAACUGAGGGGAGACAACAAAGUGUUCUCAGCCACAACAACCGUUACUGUCAACGUGGAGGACGUUCAGGACACUCCUCCCAUGUUCAUUGGCACUCCCUACUAUGGAUAUGUCUAUGAGGAUACACUUGCUGGCUCUGAGGUCCUCACUGUUGUUGCACUUGAUGGAGACAGAGGAAAACCAAACAAUAUUCAUUACUGCUUUGUGAAUGGAAGUGAAGGUUCAUUUGAAAUCAACAACACAACCGGAGCAAUUUCGGUUAUAAAAAGUCCAAAUCAGCUCAAGAAAGAAGUGUAUGAACUAAGAGUUCAGGCAUCAGAAGUCAGCCCAGAAGGCGACGUCUCAGCAUACGCCUUCGCCACGGUGACUAUAAGGGUGGUCGAUCUCAACAACCACCCUCCAACUUUUUAUGGAGAAAGUGGUCCCCAAAACAAAUUUGAACUGACCAUGUACGAGCAUCCCCCUGAGGGUGAAAUCUUGAGAGGACUGAAGAUUACUGUCAAUGAUUCAGAUCAGGGAGCCAAUGCUAAAUUCAACCUCCGUCUCGUCGGACCCGGCGGCAUCUUCCGAGUGGUUCCCCAGACGGUCCUGAAUGAAGCUCAGGUUACAAUAAUUGUGGAAAAUUCUGCUGCUAUUGACUAUGAAAAAUUCAAGGUGUUAACCUUCAAGCUUCUUGCAAUAGAGGUGAACACACCAGAAAAAUUCAGCUCGACAGCUGAUGUAGCGAUACGCCUGCUGGACACCAAUGACAACGUCCCAAAAUUCUCCUCCGACUACUACAUUGCCAGGAUCCCCGAGAACUCUCCAGGGGGCUCAAAUGUAGUUGCUGUAACUGCUACGGAUCCAGACUCUGGGCUUUGGGGAGAAGUCAAGUACUCCAUCUAUGGAACGGGAGCAGAUCUGUUCCUAAUCCACCCAUCGACAGGUAUAAUUUACACCCAGCCCUGGGCUGUAUUAGAUGCUGAAGUAAAUUCAAAGUAUAAUUUCUACGUGAAAGCAGAGGACACAGAUGGGAAAUACAGCUUGGCUGAAGUGUUUAUCACUGUGCUAGAUGUCAAUGAUCAUUCUCCAGAAUUCAAUGAAAACAUCCAGGAAAAGACGAUGAUCAUUGGGACACCAGUGAAGAUAGAGGCUAUAGAUCAAGAUGCAGAAGAACCAAACAACAUUGUGGAUUAUUCCAUAAUGCAAGCAGAUCCAGCCAAUGUGUUUGAUAUAGACCAAAGCACUGGGGAAAUCAAGCUGAAGUCCUAUAUCCGUUCCCUGGACAUCAUCCACAACAUUACAAAGAAUAAAGACUGCAUAUGGUCAUUGGUGGUGCAGGCCAAAGACCGAGGCUCCCCGUCCUUCAGUACCACAGCAGUCCUGAAGAUUGAUAUUACAGAGGAGACUCUUCACAAAGGGCCUAUGGCCGCCUUUUUGAUGCAAACUAAAGAUAACCCCAUGAAAGCCUUAGGAGUGCUAGCUGGUGUCAUGGGCAUAAUGGUGCUGAUAACUAUCAUGAUCUCUACUGCCAUGUUCUGGCGCAAUAAGCGGUCCAACAAAAUCAUGCCGGUAAGAAGGAUCAUAAAAAAGAGACAGACCCCGCAGUCCCGCACAGUGAGGAUGGAGUGGCUGAAGUUCAAGAGGCCCAGUAAUGCCGCGGAGAAGUUUGUCGUUGAGGACGAUGCAAAGAGCUUGCAGAAUGAGAACAGCAACAACAACGUCCAGGCAGCUCCAGUGCCCCCAGCCGCUCCCUUGCCUCCACCGCCCCCCGCCCUGGCCACCAGUGGGAACACCGCAGUGUGGCGGGUGCCAACUGUGUCCGGCUCCCUCACUCCCAAGUUCAUCAACAAGCAGCUGAAGAAGAGAGGUCAUAGCAGCGCCCACAAUGCCCUGGUGUCAGAGCUCAAAAUGAAGUUUGAGAAGAGAAAUGCAGCUAUGGGGGAGCCACACAUCUAGGCCACAUCUAGGUGCACUUGGCAGCCCCAGAGACUGCAGGUUGCGGCUGCACAUGGGUAUGUUACGUGCCAUGGUCUUCGCCAUGUCUGUCAAUACCCAUGAACUGAGAGCAGCUUCUUGCUGUGAUAGCUGCCCCUCACCUUCCAGAAGCAUUGUGUGCUGUGGAGUCACCUCACCUGUAUCAAAUGUUGUGGUCUGUGCCCAUUUAGGACUGCGGUUCCUUCAUCCCAUGUCCCAGUGCUGGUUCCACCCUGCAGCUGUCUAACCAGGGUGCUCUGUAUGCCCUCGCGCCAACCAGAGCCUCCCAAAGUGAGCAGGGCUUUGGGCUGCCUGUGUUACAGAGGCCCUUAGCCAGCACCCUGGUUUUCAAGCCAGGUGCUCUGCAGUUACCACUUCUGAUCAGGUCUGGCAGGUGGAGCUGAAGCAUCCAAAAAUCCAUCACUUCAAACCCCAUAACCAGUUAAGAAGGCAUUGUUCUGGUUGUGGCACCAGGGGUGGAGUGUAGGUCAGCAGCUCACAGAAUGCUGAGAUCAAGUUGUGUGUAGGUGAUACCAGUCCUCAGGCAUGAUGUGCAGCAGCUGGUGGAAUGAUGUGCUGAUGGCCACAGCAUCCUUCGUCCUGCAGAUAAGCGUGCAAGCUUGAAAAAUUCUUUGUUUUCCUGCAGCUUAUGCUGGAAUUUGAUAGAGCACAUUGGUAUGAUGCUUCUGCCCUGAGCUUGCCAGCUAACCUGAGGAUGAGAGGACAGCUGGGGCAGGAUGCAAGCACAGGAAUUCAGUAGCAGUGCUCGCCUGAUACUGCCUCCUUCUGAUACCACAUCCCCUAAUGAGAGGCAAGCCAUCAGGAGAAAGAUGUGAUUAAAGCAGUGGGGAAGAUAAAGUAAAGCCAAGACAAAAAUGAUAUGUGAACAAUUGAAACAAAGUGCUGGAAAGUCAUCUAUGUUGGUCAGGGAUGUGUCUGGAAAGAUUAUUUGGUUCUGUCCAAUUCCAGCAGGGGGACUGGAGAACAGAUUUUGUCAUCUCUACCAGCUUACUCCAGGGACUGGAGAGUGCAAAAGGAGGUUCCUUCAAAUAUUCUGGUUUGUACUAGCAGCAUUUUGCCUGAAUUAUGCAACAGCUAACUGGAAACACGUUUUUUUCCUGCUAUGUGGGACUAAAAAGGCACUGGAGAUGGAGCAGAUUUUUACUGGGUCUACCCUAGUUUCUAUGUCACGCUUGUCUCUGAGUAGGUGUUUUAAGCUGGACCUGGGGAGAAGGCAGCGUGCAUUGGUCCUACUGGGGAGAAGCACGCUGUGCCCACACUGCUGCCCUUAGGUUGGCUGUCAUGGAUGGACACCAUGAACACUGAGAUGGGGAGCAAACCCUAAGUGACAGAAAUCUGUCUUAAUCCAAAGGGGCUGUGGGGCUUCUCAUAAAACUGCUUUGAGUCAGUCCUUUUGGCUGGACCAGCAGCCCAGCCCCUCUGGUGCUCCUCUUCCCUCACUCCAUUAGCUGAUUUAUUCCUUUCAUUUGCACCAGGACUCCAUCACCUCAGGAGCAAGCGUGCUGAACAAGAAAUUACCCAUGUGCAAGAAACAAGUCCAUGUUUUUUAGGUUCUAUUCACUCCAGUUCACCAUACCAUGUGCUUGCCACCAGUGGGAUGAUCCAGGAGCAGCAGAGAGGAACCACGGUGCCAAGUGCUGCUCUGCCAGCAGGCCCAGGCUUAAGGGGAGAGUGCAGGGCUCCAGGUUGUCCCUCUGCAUCAGGCUCUAGCAGAAUUGGGAGCACAACGCAGUGGAUGGAGCUCCCUGAUUGUGCUGGGGAAGCACAGAGGUUUAGGCCCAAUGUAGAUCAGGGACUGAAAACUUCAGAGUAGAGGGGAACAACAGUCUGCCUGGUUUUGUGGGGAACACAAAAUAAUAUACAUUCACUCACUAACUCACUUCUCUGAAACAGGCCACAGGUUUAGGACUGCACAAGGAGCUGUGUGAGGAGCCAUGUGGCUGUAAAUCUCUUUAUGGAGUCCUCUAAGGACAGUUUAAUCUGAGUGUGAUGGCUGGAGCCAGACAAAACCACAGAGCCUCAAUGGAGUGAUGGAUGCUCAGCAGGGAGGAGCAGCAUCAUAGCAGCCCUUGUUGGUACCACACCACCCUUCCCACUGUGCCCUUCAUCACUCCAGUGUUUUCCAGCUUCCCCUCAGGGCCUGCUGCUUAUGCCUCCUCUUGGCUUCAGGCCCUUGCAUAACACACCACGUCUUCAUCCCCCAGCCACAGCCAUUUGAGACAGAGGAGACACAGCCCCAUCAGUGCUGCUCAGCCCUGGUCCCAUAGCCACAGCUCCACAUGUGCUCCUUUCCCUGGCUUAUGUCUCCUCUUGGCUCUGCAGUGCUUCACAGGGGAACCAAAACCUUGUGAUGUAUCCCAUGUUCCGCUCUUUUCCCAGUGUUGUGUUGAAGCCAGUAUUCAAUGUUCAUUCUCCACAAGGAAAGCCUAUAAAGACCAUCCAAUUAAGUGAGUUAUAAUUAAGUGGAAUUUAGCGGGAAUUAUAGUCUUAUAGUCUUAGAGAUUAUAUUUAAGAAGGAAUAAAGAUGUUUUAUUAUGAUGUGAGACUUUUCUGGUUAUUCUGUAUUACAACUCCGGAUAAUUUUGUAAUAAAUAACAAAAAAAUAUAUACAUAGAAAA